GCAUUGGAUAGAAGGGCUCGGUUGUCAAGAAGAAACCGCAGUGAAGAAUGGUUCGCUUCUCGCAGGAUGAAGGAAAUAGAAACAAAAGCGACGCCCACCACGCUGUGGACGACCGCAGCUUUUCGCUCGAAGAUGAAGACGAUAUCGAUAUAGAUGAUUUUAACAUGGAUGGAAUUGAGGACGGGAACCCGGAAAUAGACUACUACCCGGGUAUGUCGAACAGACAUUCGUUUUUGGGAGAACCAGACGACUUCAAAACAAAAGUGCGCAGGUUUAUCAGAAAAGCCGGGGUCAAGUUGUCUUCCCAGAACUUCAGGAAGUUGGUGAUCGGUAUGACCGGCCUGGGUCUUGCGCUGUUGUUCUUCGGUAUCAUGUUUUUUGCCGGUAAAGGUGGCGACUCGUUAGUGCCGGGCGGGGCUAUACACGAUGGUAAUAAGGCGGGUUCGGGAUCUGCCCCUGAGGCCACGCCCGAGGAAACCCCCGACAUAGCCGGCGGGGAGAAGAAUGACGAGGGAGAAUACGUCGGCUUGGCGAAAAUGGAUCUAGAAGACAUGCGGAGAGGGAACUUCUGGGUGUUCGAUUACCAGUUGAACUUCUUCGAUUACCAGCCUGUUGCUGAGGAGCAAACUCCGUCCCUCGAAAUUCGUGAUCAUCAUAAAGAUCACGAUGACGAUGACGACGACGACAAGGAUAAAGGUAAGACGGAUGAUGAUAGCGACGAUGAUGAUGACGAUGACGGUGACGAUGAUGAUGACGAUGACGAUGACGAACAUAAAGAUAACAAAGAAAAAGGCAAGAAAGGCAAGGAAGUCAAUCAGAACACAGUGAGCGGCCAGUCGAAGCCUAAAAGCUCUUCCGCUGAUUCUGAUGCAGGGUACUAUCUUCACCAAGACAAUACUAUACUUUUGCUAAAGAAAGCUUCUGACCCCGACUACGUCAAGAAAGUCAUUGACUUGUCAAGUUUGACUCACAAUAGUACCCCACUCAAGUCGAGACUCGUUUCGGUGACAAAAUCACUGGACAAAAUCAUUGUUGUUUCAGAAAGUAAACAGCAGUGGAGACAAUCAUCGUUUGGAAAAUAUUGGUUGGUGGACGUCGGUACGCUUCAGGUCGAACCAAUCAAUGCAAUAAAAGAAAAAGAUGAUUCAAUAACUUUAACCAACAUGAACUACGCUGCUUUUUCACCUAAUGGUAAGUUUAUCUAUUAUAACUACAAAACGAACAUUUAUUUGAAGGAUUUGAAUUCCGGAAAAACCUCACAGGUCACAAAAGAUGGUGACAUGAAAAACAUUCUGAAUGGGAAACCAGAUUGGAUUUACGAGGAGGAAGUUUUGGGAAGUGAUAGAGCUAUCUAUUGGUGCAAAGAUGACUCGAAGUUUGCAUUUAUCAAGUGGGACGACACAGAUGUUCCUGUGUAUAAUUUGGAGAUUUUUGGAGACGAUGAAUAUCCAAAGAUCGAAGAAUUAAAAUAUCCGAAAACUGGCUUUCCUAAUCCAGUAGUUUCACUGUAUGUUUAUCAGACUACCAACUCAAAGCUGAUCAAGGUCAAACAACCUGAGGAGCAGGAUAAAGAUGCCCAUUUUUUGGGAAAAGACUUCAUUAUCUAUCAAACUGUAUGGCUCAACGAGGAAGAGUUGUUGUUCAAGCGUACGGAUAGGACUAGUAGGAUACUGCAGGUGUGCGUCUUCAGCACCGUAACUGGGAAAACCUCGAUCGUCAGAACUGUGAACACUGACAAGUACAGUGGUUGGUACAAAAACAAUGGUGAUAUCUACGUUUUGCCAGACAACAAAGGUUAUAUUGAUAAUGUUGUCUUAGAUAACCACGACCACCUAUCACAUUUCAAAAACUCCUCAGAUAGUCAAGGAGCUGUUAUUUCUUACGGUGAAUGGGAUGUUAUUGGCGGCAUCGCUGGCUACGACAAGUCUGAAAACAGUGCAUACUUUAUUGGAACAUCGGGUAACUCUUUGCAGAGGCAAAUAUAUAAAGUCUCGUUGGAUGAUUCAAGCUUGACCGCUAUUACUGCUUUGGAUCAAAUCCAUUCUUACUCACUAAAGGUUUCAAAAGGUGGAAAAUGGGGUUUGAUGAAGUAUGCAGGCCCUCAAUUACCAACACAAAAACUUGUCGAGUUGAGCAAGCUACCCGCUGAACCAGAAUAUUAUGACAGUUUACUAAAUUUGAAUAAUGCUUUUGACGUCGAGGCCACGCUAGAAACAUACCAAAUUCCAACGAAAGAUUAUCUACCGAUUCAUUUGCACGAUAAUGUGACUGUCAAUGUUGUUGAGGUAAAACCAGCUGAUUUUGAUGAGGAGAGGCAGUAUCCUGUUCUUGUCAGCGUUUAUGGUGGACCAGGAAUUCAAAAAGUAAAUUGUGAUUUUAGCUAUGGUUUUGAAGAAAUUGUCUCAUCCUCAGCAGAUGCUAUUAUACUAUACAUCGAUCCUAGAGGCACGGGAGGCUCUGGUUGGGAUUAUAGAUCAUGGGCGAGAGACAAUAUUGGAUACUGGGAACCAAGAGAUAUAGUGGAGGCAACGCAGCAGUAUAUUGAAAAUAGACCUUAUGUCGAUACUGAGAGAGUCGCAAUUUGGGGUUGGUCCUACGGAGGAUUUGUUACCCUCAAAACUCUUGAGUAUGACAUGGGGCAGGUGUUCAAAUACGGUAUGGCAGUUGCGCCUGUGACAAACUGGCACCUAUACGAUUCCAUCUACACUGAAAGAUACAUGGGCAAUCCUUCCCAAAACGAGUACAAAGAUGCCAAAAUCAACAGCUAUAAGAACUUUGAGCAUGUUUACAGAUUUUUGAUUAUGCAUGGAACUGGGGAUGAUAAUGUUCAUUAUCAAAAUACUUUGCAACUUUUGAACCAGUUUGACUUGAUUGGAAUAGAGAAUUACGAUGUUCACGUUUUCCCUGAUUCCGAUCAUUCUAUCAAUCAUGAUAACGCCAAUGUGAUUGUUUAUGAUAAAUUGUACAGCUGGAUAUGUACUGCUUUUGCAUCCUGAAUGCUGCUUCUCGAACACUAUAUAUAACUUCAUUCUCUUAAAUUUACAUUAAAGAAGCUUUUUUUUUGGACUUCAAUAAGUAAUAUAGCCGAUAGUAAAAGGAAGUUCAUGAAAUUUCUUAAGUUCGUUACAAAAAAGCGGGA